ACCUGCUACACACGGCGCCUCCCACACUCUUUGUCACCGGACCGCCCGGUACAGGUAAAACUGUGGUGCUGCUGCUGAUGGCCAUACAGUGGCUGCGGUGUGGUCACGACGUCUACGUUGUCAGUACCUGGUGGUGGAGUCGUCCAGCGAGCAGCAUGCUGUAUCACCUGUUGCUGCAGACAGUAAAGACACAACAGUCAGCAGGUGUGUCACCCGGUCAGCCUCACCUCCUGGAGUAUGAUCUUUAUGACGAUAAAGACAUUGAGAAGGCCAUCAACGACUUGUCACAGGCGGCGAGCGGAGGGUCGUUGUAUGUCAUCGCUGAUGAAGUAGAAGGUACUGACAGGAAGACUUCCUUUCCGUUAUUCUGUGACAAGCUGCUGACACAAGUUCCUCGUCUCCAUCUCUGGGCGGCAAGUUGUUACCAUGGACACGCACCCGCCGGCUGGCAAGUGGAAUCGUUAACCAGACCCCUCCGCUCUCCACCGACCGUUGUCAGGGAAGUCGAGCAGGACGAGUCGAUCGCUAGACACAACCGUAUCCACCGGUACAGCGACCGUGUUGUGCCCGACCACACAGACGGCCCGCCAGUCAGACAGCUGUAUCACCGAGGUCAGGGUCACACAGGUCGCUUGCCAGAUAACUGUGUCACGUGUGGUCGUGAGGUGGCCAGCUUCCUACACAGUCUUGGUGUUGGUGCUACAGGGAGUUGUACAACAACAUCGACAACAGUCAACUCCAAAAGCGGCGGCACAACACCACCCAGUCUACAGUGGAGAGACGUGCUGGUGUUAAACUGGAAUAACAAUACUAUUAAGCAUACUAAUAACUCGGGUCUGGUGAAGGGACUGCAAGAAGCGGGUAUCCCAGUGCGGGUGAUGAAGGAUGAGGACAUCGAGGACGUGGCCACUGCCAGCAGUGACGUGGUGUGGGUGGUGUGUGGAGAUCGUGUUCGUGGUCUGGAGAGAAAAGUCGUCGUGUGUAUGAAAGACAUUGAUUUUGAGACCAGUAUAUUUGUUGGCCAUGGACUGCAAAUCUCCACCUCUUCCCGACGUGACCUCAUGUCCCGCUGUACCUCACAACUUAUGAUUAUCUUCCCUGACCCCAGGCACCUGACGAUGACUGACAUUACCUCACCUGCCACCGUUGUAGUUGUGUAUCUAACUUUUUUUCACAUUAACAGUUGCUUUUAGCUUUUCUCCGCUUCUACUAUCAGUUUAUCAUGAGAUUACCUACGUUUGUAUCAGUGUCAACAUCAAUAUCACUCGGAUCUACUUCUCACAACAUCUAAUGUCACCAUCACACUUAUCAUGUGAAAUAAACUAUUCCGUUGAGAAUGUA